UGUGAAGCGGACUGACAGGCGAGAGUGAAAAUGAGGCGGACGCUCCGUCACGGCUUCAGUGCGCCCGCGUCCCUUUGAGAGGAUCUCCAAAAACUUGGACCAUAUCACCAUGGGAGCCAUUUGGGCUGCGAGGGACCUCUGUUUGUUUUUGCUCCUGUUAAAUAGUCGCCAGAGCAUAGCGCUUCCAGAGACUCGAGAUCCCUGCGCAGAAGGAAGUGAUGGCUGUCACAUCGAUGCUAUUUGUCAGACUACUCAGGGCUCGUACAAGUGUACAUGCAAGGGGGGCUUUAAAGGAGACGGAAAACAGUGCGAAGAUAUUGAUGAAUGUGACCCGGAGUACAAUGGCGGUUGUGUGCACGAGUGCAACAACAUACCGGGCAACUAUCGCUGCACUUGCUACGAUGGAUUCAACCUGGACAACGAUGGACACAACUGUCUGGAUGUGGAUGAAUGCAUGUUCAACAAUGGUGGGUGCCAGCACACUUGUGUCAACACGGUGGGCAGCUACGAGUGCCGCUGCAGAGAGGGCUUCUUCCUCAGCGACAACCAGCACACGUGCAUCCACCGCUCCGUUGAGGGCCUCAGCUGUAUGAACAAGGAGCACGGCUGCGCCCACAUCUGCAGGGAGAGCCACCGGGGGGGCGUGGCCUGCGAGUGCCGUCCCGGCUUCGAGCUGGCCAGGGACCAGAGGGGCUGCCUUUUGACGUGUAACCACGGCAACGGAGGCUGCCAGCACACCUGCGAGGACGCAGAGGAUGGCCCCGUGUGCAGGUGCCACGUCAGGUACACCUUACAGCCUGACAAGAAGACGUGUGUGGAGCGAGACGAAGCCACCACUGAGUCCUCGGACCACAACGCCACGUCCUCUACCGAGGCGGACAAACGCGUCAAGAGAAGACUGUCAAUGGAAACCUGCGCGCUGAACAACGGGGGCUGCGACUCCACCUGUAAGGACACAUCGACGGGGGUGCGCUGCAGCUGUCCCGACGGCUUCACACUCCAGCCAGAUGGAAAAUCGUGCAAAGAUAUCGAUGAGUGCGAGAUUCACAACGGAAGCUGCGAGCACUUCUGCAAGAACACCGUCGGCAGCUUCGAAUGCAACUGCAGGAAAGGGUUUAAGUUGCUGUCCGAUGAGCGCUCUUGCCAGGACAUAGACGAGUGUUACUUUGAGCGCACUUGCGAUCACACGUGCGUCAACUCCCCCGGGGGCUUUCAGUGCCUGUGCAACAAAGGCUACACCUCGUAUGGGCUGGCCCACUGUGGAGACGUAAACGAAUGCAGCGUCAACAACGGUGGCUGCGAGCAUGGAUGUGAGAACACUGUGGGUGGAUUUGAGUGUCUUUGCCGUCCCGGCUAUAAGCUGCACUGGAACAAAAAGGACUGCAUCAAGGCCGAGGGUUUAACGCCUGCAAACCUCCCCUCUAAGCCUACCUUGAACUGUAGCAAGCAGCAUGGAGGCGAUCGCUGCUUUCUGAACUGCCAGUCUCAAGUUCAUAUCAGCAGUGGGAUGGAGGAUUCCUACACGGUGACCUGUGGAAUGCCUCUGCCCUGCUUGGCUGGCGUACAAAAGAGCAACGGCGGCUCCCAUUGCUCGGGUCCAGAGAAGGCCGGCGUGCAGCGGAUUAAAACCACAGCUACUUUCAAGUCUGGCACCGCCAAAUGCAACCUCAAACGGAGUCCGGAGAAACUCUGGGAGAGCUUCAACUCGGCUCACUCAGAUUGCAGCUUUCUCUUCACCGAAAACGUCCAGCUCAGCUACGUGAGCCUUCGCUGCACGCCGCUGGGCCAGCGGACGCACAGCCGCCACAGCAGGAAGGCCGGCGAGGACGACGGCUUCGCCAUCACAGCUGAGUUUGAGCAGGAUGUUAACCUUGAGGAGGUAACAGCAGAGAGCUGUGACCUGAACUGCGUGCGUCGGCGCUCCGAGAAGAGACUCAGGAAGACCAUCCGGACCCUGAGGAAGUCCAUCAACAGGGAGCAGUUCCACCUUCACUUCGCCGGGGCCGACUAUGACCUGUCCAGGAGUCUGGGCCAGCUGGCAGGACUGCCCGGACCCUGUCCGGCGGGUCAAGCGUCGGUGGGCAGAAAAUGUGUGAGCUGCAGUGUUGGGACGUACUACGACAGUGAUCAGGGACACUGCGUGACCUGCCCUGCCGGAACGUAUCAGGACGAGGAGGGACAGAUGUCCUGUGAGGCCUGUCCCACGCCUGAAGAGAGAGAGGUGCCCAAGGCGGUCGGAGCUCGAAACCUGUCGGAGUGCGGAGGCCAGUGUCCCCCUGGUCAGUACUCUCAUGACGGCUUUGUCCCCUGCCUCCCCUGUCCGCUGGGAACCUACCAGCCAGAAGUGGGACGGACCACCUGCUUCCUGUGCGGAGGGAACCUGGUGACCAAACACACCAGCGCUGUCUCCUUUCAGGAGUGCGAAACCAAAGUCCAGUGCUCCCCGGGUCAUUACUACAACACCAGCACACACCGCUGCAUCCGCUGUCCCACCGGCACUUACCAGGGCGAGUUCGGCCAGAACUUCUGCGUCGCCUGUCCCGGAAACACCUCCACCGACUUUGAUGGCUCCACCAACAUCAUGCAAUGCAAAAACCGGCAGUGUGGUGGAGAGCUGGGCGAGUUUUCCGGCUACAUCGAGUCUCCAAACUACCCGGGGAACUACCCCGCCAACAUCGAGUGCACUUGGACCAUCAACCCGCCGCCUAAACGGCGGGUCCUCAUCGUUGUGCCCGAGAUCUACCUGCCCAUCGAGGACGAAUGCGGAGACUACUUGGUGAUGAGGAAAAGCUCUCUGCCCAAUUCUGUGACGACUUAUGAGACGUGUCAAACGUACGAGCGGCCCAUUGCGUUCACGUCCCGCUCCAAAAGACUGUGGAUACAGUUCAGGUCUAACGAGGGAAACAGCGCCAAGGGCUUCCAGGUGUUAUAUGUCACGUACGACGAGGAUUACCAGGAGCUGAUUGAAGACAUAGUGAGAGAUGGAAGAUUAUAUGCAUCAGUGAAUCACCAGGAAAUUCUCAAGGACAAGAAGCUCAUGAAAGCGUUGUUUGACGUGCUGGCUCAUCCACAGAACUACUUCAACUACACGACACAAGAAUCAAAAGAAAUGUUUCCCAAAUCCUUCAUCCGCUUUGUGAGGUCCAAAGUCAUGAGAUUCUUUCGCCCCUAGAGGGUCCGUUCAAACAGGAUCGGGAUUUUUUUCCCGCAACAAACUCAAGUCAGACACUGGCGGCAGUAUCGGGGGCCCCUUCGAAAGCAUUUUCCCGUUUCUUUUUAUUCAAAGUAGAGCGGAUCUCUGACUGAUGGGAAUGCGAACAACUGAAGCAGCUGGACUUUAGACGCGAGUUUCAAGACUGAGUUUGUGAGGAUGUACGGGUUACUGAUCUGCUACGGCAUCCCUGAAAACAAUCCGGAUAUCUCCCAUCGUUUUUGGAAACGUCUUUGUAAGGACUUCCUAGAGACUUUAAAACCAGGACAGAUCUCCAAAGUGCAUUAAAGCGGCACGCUGAUUUUAUUGGGCUUCUCCUGAUCGGGUCAGGACUGGUAUCUGAACAGACGAAUACUGAAUGUCAGUGAGACUGUAUAUAAAGUGUGUAACUAGUUUUAACGUAGGCUACUUUCACAGGCAAAGAGUACAAAUAAUAUCCAGAGCAAACAGAGCACAGAUACCUUUCCGGGACCACUAGCACUACUAAACAGGUAGUCCCACCGCAAAAAGCAAUUAUUCUGAUUGAUAUUUUGUAUAUGAUGUAAAAAGUUUUUUUGGAUAAAUGCUGACAUAUAACAGUGUAGCUGCAAAGGCCGGUGGUGUUUGUUUUCUUUUUCCAGGGUGUCUGAAUAACUACUGCGUUUUUAUGUAUAAAUAAGGACCUGAACACAUAACACCCAAACAUGAUGCAUCGUGAGCUAACAGCUGAACGGACACCAAGAAAAAAUGAAAAAAAUAAAAUAAAAUUAAACAAAAAAUGUGACGUUGAUAGAAGCAACAAAAUGAAACAUCCUGUAAUGUACAGCUGAGCAGUUCACCUGUCCCGGAUGAUACAUGUAUGUAUAUUCUUGUGGUUUUGUACAUCUAUCUUGCUGUAAAUAAAUACUGGAAAUUUCA